AUGGCGAAACGGACAUUAGACUCCUUUUUUAAGCCUUCGGCGCCAAAACGUCCCAAGCUCGAGACUGAAACCGACCCAACGGACGCUAAUGCAGAUGCGAAACCCCCGAGCCAACAUCCCAGCUAUCCAAUCCCAAUCCCACAGCUCCCCUCACACAUCGAAGUAAGCCUAGAGCAUGGGUUACCAUUCAAGGAAGGCACUGGAAUAAACAACCAACCGCAUCUGGACCUCCUCCAUUUCCAACCCUAUAUUCCGCGCGCAACAGCGAACGAAUUCUUCAAGUUCCUGCGUCGCGAACUCCCCUUUUACCGUGUGCGCUAUACCGCACGUCGCGGCAAUAUCUCCACGGAGAUCAACACACCGCGGUGGACGACGGUCUUCGGCAUCGACGAAACAUCCGUCUUCACCAAUGGCAAAACCGUAGAUGCCCGGACGGGGUCCCCAGUCUCCCCAACAAAAUACCAGUGCACGCCGCGACCGAUCCCAGAGUGUCUGGAGGUGCUGCGCAAGCAAGUCGAAGCGCAUGCGGGGGGCGAGAAAGGGUAUAAUUUCUGCCUGGUGAAUUACUACGCCGGAGGGGAUGACAGUAUAUCAUUCCACUCUGACGACGAGAGGUUCCUAGGGUCGCGGCCCAAUAUCGCUUCACUGUCAUUGGGUGGCGAGCGGGACUUUUUGAUGAAGCACAAGCCCGUACCCGUUGAGAUCGGGGCGGAUGCCAAAGCGGGCGCUACGGCUGUGGGGCGCCAGAUCAAGAUGAGUCUUGGCUCGGGCGAUAUGAUAAUUAUGCGGGGGGAGACCCAGUCGAAUUGGUUACAUAGUAUUCCGAAGCGGAAGGGGAAUACGCAGGGACGCAUCAAUAUUACAUUCCGGCGGGCGAUUGUGCCGGCGGGGACGAACAAUUACUAUCAUUACAAUGUUGGCGGUGGGGGGAUGUAUAGAUGGGACGAAAUCCGUCGGGAGAUGGUCGAAACAAAAUAG